AUGUCAAGAAUCCAGCUUGCAUUUUCAUUAGCAUUUAUGAAGGACAUCAUUUAUCUGUUGAUUGAUUGCUUAGAUUCUCGGGAGGAGGAUCUUCUGGGCAACAAGAGGAAGUGGGACAAGACUGGGUUCUACCCAUAUGAGUCUGAUGAAGAUGAGCCGUACGAGUAUGAAUCUGGAGAUGAUGUGGUCGAGGGGAACGUCGAGUCCUUUAAAGAGAAGGAGGUGUUGAAGAUCAGGGCCCAAGGACCUGCUAAGUACUACAACUGGAGGAAUGAAAAGUACCGGUGCCCCUACUGCAGCAAGCCCAAGCCCAGGUCUGGGUUAUUGGAGCAUCUGAUGGAACAUUGCCGGGCUACAUCGAUCUCCAGUCAUGACUACAAGAUCAUUGGUCAGCAUUCUGCCCUCCUGAAGGUCCUGAGAAACCCUGACCUCUAGUCGUACAUCAUGCUGAUCAUCGGAAGCUGGAAGCCGUACUCAUCAUCAGUAUAUUUGAUGAUGUUUUACUUUUGGAAAGCUGCAUCUGGGUCUGAACUGCUUGAAAACUUGCUAUAUUAAUGUAAUGUAAUGUAAUGUAUUGUGUGUUUGAACUGGAUCUGUUGUGAACUGCCUGCUACCUAUGGUGGUAACCUAGAAUGCUAUCUAUAUAUGUGUGGCCUUAAC